GAUGCCCCCUGUGGGGUCAAUCUCAAUUCUCAAAUAAUCUCUACUUGAGCUCUGUUGCAUGGUGUUUUUGAGUUAGUGCAGCAGGAAGGACAUGUAGCUGACAAGCAAAAAAAUCCAUAAACAUGUGCUCCAUUCUGAAUGCAAUGAAUCAACUAAAACUCCACCGUGACGACUCUCGGUCCAUGACUUUAUUGAGUGAGGAUGAUGAAGUAGAAUGGUGUAACGCCCUUAGUUUGUUUGCACGUUUAGUGGCUUAUGUUGCAAUUCUAGCCGUGAUGGUGUUGGUAAUUUUGCUGAUUCUUAAGUACUUGACGGAGUUCGGUGACGAGAGCGGUGAUUCAGAAGAGGUGAGGGCAGCAGCUGAGUCCGUGACUGAGCCUUUAUGCCCGGAAAAGGCAAUACCGAUAACGUAUGGAACAUGUGAAGAUAAUAUAGAAACAGGAAGUUGCAGUAGUGGUGAGGAAUUAUAUGAUGCAAGGAUGUGUAUAAUUUGCUAUGAUGAGCAAAGGAAUUGUUUCUUUGUUCCUUGCGGCCAUAGUGCUACCUGCUAUGACUGUGCUAAAAGGAUUGAGAAAAAUAAGGUGUGUCCUGUGUGCAGAAGAAUUAUUGGCAAAGUCAAAACUUUUUGCUCCAUAACUCCACUAAUUAUUGCUUAACUUUUCUCUUCUUGUAGAAUGCAAGUAUUUUGAUUAAG